AUGGCGCACUUCUGCCCCUUCCGCGCCCCCGCGGCUCGUCCGCCCGGCGCCGUUUGCGGCGCGGGCGCUUCCAGCCCCCCAUGCUCGCUCCUCCGCUCCCGCAGCGCGCAGCCCGGGCUUCGGCGCGCCGCGCACCCUAGCCGGGCCCCCCUCCGGGCCUCUCCUUGCCUCGUCGCGAGGGCUGCGUCAGGGGACGCGGGCGCGGGCGAGCCGGACGUGGAGAAGCUGCGGUACGAGGAGGAGGCGACGCGGAUCGAGGCGGAGAUCGAGCUGCUCAAGACGGAGCAGCAGGACACAGUCAAGCAGGCCCGGAAACUGAUAUCCACGGCUGGACGACUCCUAGACCACUGUCAGGAGCUCGAGCAGGACGCGGUGCGCAAGCUCAAGGUACGUGCGCGUACUAGCCUGCUGAGCAUAGUUCUACCGCAUUCUCCGCAUCAUGUUCGAGACAUCACGGCUCUGAGAGGAGGGAGCACCAGAGGGGCCGUGCAGCGUCGUUCCGGCGUAACAGGCGCGCUCGCGCUACGCACGCCAGGUCGAGGACCUCUGAUUUUGCAUGCGUACGCGCGCGCAGGCGGGGGACGAGGCGGGGGCGCGGGAGGUGCUGAAACAGAAGGCAGUGGUGCGCAGCAAGGCCCACCGGAACCAGGCGCGGGCCGAGGCGUGCAGCGAGCUCAUCAAGGGCCUCGAAAACGCGAUCAGCAAGAUGGAGACGGAGCUCGUGGCGCUCAUGACCAGGCAAGUCAGACGCGGUCCCAAGCGAGGCGUGGUCGCCCGCCGUUCACUGCGAGCCUGUAUGCGCGUCGGCGGCGCGCCAAAGGCCGCCCGCCCUGA